AUGUUCCUCUCUUUCCCUGCAAAGGUCAGCACGGCUGUCGCCGCUGGGCUGCUCGCGCAUUGGGGCUACUUCGUUCACGGAGAGCGCGAUCUCCAGGCAGCUAAUAUUGCGCGUGUGCAUAUUCUGGCUGCCGUCCUCUUGCCAUGCCUACUAUACCAGCUCCAAGACUUGUCAAUGACCGAUGCGGUCUGCGAAAGUCUUGUACUCGACACGGCGUACGUGGUGGCAUUGUUUACUAGCAUUAUUAUCUAUCGUGUCUUCCUCUCCCCUCUACGCAAUGCGCCUGGUCCUCCGGCCAUGCGUGUCUCGAAGUUGGUGCAUGUGUGGGGCAAUACAGAUCCUACCAAGCAAAACUGCAAGAUGUUGCAUCAACUUCGAGCGCAGUAUGAUGAUAUUGUUCGAACUGGCCCGAAUGAAGUGACGCUCUUCGGCUGGGACGCCUAUUAUCAGGUCCACGGGCCCGAGUCGAAAUGUGAACGAUCGGCUUACUACGAUAUCCUCCACCCUAUGGUAUCUCUCGACACUACACGGGAUCCAGUCGCCCAUGGCUACCGUCGAAAGUUGUGGGAACAGGCAUUUAGCAUCAAAGCACUUGACCAGAAUCUGCCGCUUGUUUAUCACUACGCCGACUUAUUGGUCGAGCAACUGCGCAAGCGACAGGGCACACAGGUCGACCUUUCGGCGUGGUUCGAAUACUACAGCUUCGACUUGAUGGGUAUGCUGGGCCUCACCAUCGACUUCAAGAACCUUAGCGAUGGUGAACACCCGAUUCUCUGGCUUUGGCACAUCGCACACAAGAAGCUGGGCAGCCUGAACUACGCCCCGUGGAUCAAGCACCUUCUGAUGGGUAUCCCCUUCGUCGAGCGUAUAAAGUACUACCGACAGUUUAUGAGCUGGGCGAACGAGGAGCUUGAAAGAAAUAUCCAGGAGAAUAAAGGUGAGCGGUCGAACAUUAUCGGCCUCGUCCUCGGUGAUGCCAUGAAGAACGGCGGCAUCAAGAAGAAUUGGAACUGGGUAUUGGGUGAUUUUGUGCUUGUCGUUGCGGCCGGCAGCGACCCCGUCCGCCAAGUCCUCCCUUGCCUUCUCUUUUACCUCAUCCAUGAGCCAGCUCCGCUCGCUCGUGUGCGCGAGGAACUUCAGUCCGUCGACAUCCGAGACUAUCACGCGCUACAACAUCUGAAGCACUUCAAUGCCUGCAUCUACGAGACACUGCGUCUAAACCCAGCUGUGCCCUCGGCAGGUCUCCGCAACCCGCCUAAGGGCGGUAUGACCGUGCGCGGUACCUUUAUCCCGGAAGGAACGACGAUCUAUACGCCGCAGUACAGCCUUUUUAGAGAUGAGGCCUGCUUCCUAGAGCCCGAUGAGUGGAUUCCGGAGCGCUUCACCACCCGUCCGGAGCUGAUUUUGAACAAGAGCGCUUUAGUGCCGUGGACGAUAGGGAGGCGGUCCUGCUUGGGUAAGAAUCUGAGUUUAUGCGAGAUCCGCGUCGCCGCCGCAUUAAUGAUUUCCAAAUUUGAUCUCGAGCCAGUACACAGCCAGAAGGAGGAUAAGUUGUUCACGCACGCGACUGACUACUUCACUACAACCCUAGGCCCCUUUCAUGUGGUACUGGAAAGCCGCUAG